AUGGAAAAGUCAAAAGUGGUAAUCCUUGCUGUCGGGUCUUUCAAUCCGCCAACUUUCGGUCAUUUGCGCAUGUUGGAGGAUGCCAAAAACUCGUUGGAAUUAUCUGGAAAAGAAGUGGUGGAGGGAAUUUUGAGUCCAGUCAGUGAUGCGUAUGGAAAAUCGACGUUGAUUGGAUCUAAUCACAGACUUGCCAUGACUGAAGCAGCAGUGAAGAGUUCUGAUUGGUUGCGCGCUGACGGUUGGGAAUGCUCCCAGCCCGUGUGGACCACUACUCUGAACGUGCUCAAACAUCAUCAGCAAGAAGUCAAGAUCCGCCUUGGACCCGACGUUGAGGUACUUCUUAUUGUUGGCGGUGACGUGGUGGAAACGUUCGACAAGUACAACGCUGAUGGAUCGUUGGUUUGGAAUCUGGAGGAUGUUCAGGAGAUUGUGUCGAUUGGAUUGGUUGUGCAGCCAAGACCAGGGUCGGAUCCGGAAGAGACAUUGAAGAAUUUGGAUUUCUUGGGAUGGACUCAAAACGUUAACGUCAUUGCUUCCAAUGUCAUCAGUUCCACCAGCCUCCGUGCCGCUAUCAAAGAGCACCGCUCUAUCAAAUACACCACUCCGGAUGAAGUCAUUACCUACAUUAAGGAGCACAACCUCUAUGAGUAA